AUGUGUGCUGAAAUCGCUCAAAUCGGUGAUGGAAUCAAAACUUGUCUUGUCUGCACUAUCACUGAAAACGUUCGACAUCAUUUCGGGUCCACAACUUGUCUUGCGUGUGCUUCGUUUUUUCGAAGAACCGUUUCUCUGAAUAUUCAGUACGUCUGCAAACAAUCAAACAACUGUCCAGUGUCCUAUGCUGUUCGUAGUGGAUGUCGAGCGUGUCGUUUCCAAAACUGCUUGUUCGCUGGAAUGAAGUCCAAAAUGGUCCGAGGAAAACGAGACAUCAACAAGGUCCCAAAAUACGUUCGGGAGAAUAUCAGUCAUGGAAACGAAGUAAUCGUGAGAGAUUAUGCAACUUCUACAUUUGAAUCUCUCCGGGGAUUUCCACGGCGGGAAGGAAUAGAAAGAGAAGAAAUAGAAAAACCAAUAGAAAAUGAAGACGUUCUAAAACUUUUGAAUAUCACUGCUGAUCAGCUUCUGGAGUAUUAUCAAGAAUUGAACGAAAAGGAACCAUUCCCACUGAACAAAAUAUCAUUCGAUUCCUUCUUUUCCUUAAAUCAACAAAGUCUAUCUGAUGCCGUGUCGAUCUGUAACAACUGUCCAGGAUCUGAUCUGUUGAACUCUGAAGACAUUGGGAUUCUCCUGCAGUAUACUUCUUUUGCAAACUUAUGGCUGGAUUCGUUAUGGGAUCAGAUUCAUCUGGAUGAUGAGAUGGGAGAGGAGAACCAGGAGGAUCAGGGGAUAAGGAGGCUAUUUACUGAAUUCGUCAAUCAUUUCUUUGAAAACGUCGGGAACAUUCUUCGCAGCUUGAAUCUUGACAUUGUGGAGUAUGCCCUUCUAAAAUCGUUGGUCAUUUGGAAGCUAGGAGUUGUUGAUUUCAGCACAACUCUUAAAAUUGUUGCCCAAGAACACUAUCUUGGGGUCACAUGGGCAGUUACAGAGUAUUACAAGAGCGAGAAAAAUAUGGAUCAGUUCGAGAUUGCCCUGAGGAUUGCUGAUCUAACACUGCUUCUUGGUCCUAUUUUCAACAGCUAUCGUGAAAUGGUCAGUUUGUACGAGAAGCUUGGAGAUCACUUCGGUUCCAAGAAAAUUGUGGGAGACGAGAGAAUGGAUCAUUGA